AGUUUUUUUUUUUUUUUAUUUCAUUCAAAGAAUGGCGACUGCAGCUUGCAGUUCGCACAGUGCUUUGAACAGCAGUAAACCUCUUAAAGACCGCCAGAGGAAAAGUAGAGACUCCCGGCGAAGGCAGGCCGCCCUCUCUUUCCUAAACAAUAUUUCUCUUGAUGGGCGGCCCAUUUAUCACCUGAGCAAUGGUAACUAUAACCACAAAAACAGAGAGGCCGAUAUCCAGGAUAAAGAAGGCGGAGCUUCAGCGACCAGCUAUGGAACAGUCGCCCACUUGCCAGCCGCCUUGAGCGGCGCUUAUGGUACUCAAGCGCCGAGGAGCGGCGUUGUCAACGGCCUCCCGAUUUUGGUCCUACCCAAUAACUCUGAAGUUAACACUGUUUUUGGCAGUGAGGUGUUUUUAGAAGGAAGCGGGGUCGGCCCUUUAACACAGCAAGGAACUGUUCUUCUGCUGUCACCGAGCGGUCUGCCACAAACUCCACUCCUAGGAAACUGCUGUACCAAGCCUGCUACUCUACUCUCUGUACAGAACUGCAACAAUUUGAAUUUGGAGACACGGAAGCACAGAUCUAGGAAUUUGUCAGGUCCCCUACAUCCCAGAGGUGUGAAGAAAGUUCACUUUAUCAAGAAUAUGAGACAGUAUGACACCAGAAACAGCAGGAUAGUUCUUAUCUGUGCCAAAAGGUCUUUGUGUGCUGCAUUUUCAAUACUGCCUUAUGGAGCAAGUUUUCACAUCGGUGACUCCAAGCUGGAUGGGCAGAGGCAGCGGCACUCUUCAGGUGGCACAGCCUCCACCACAGAGACGGUCCCAAGGCUGGAGGGAGUCGAGCUUGGAGCCGAUGGAAGGACCAUUUCAUAUGCUAGAUUCCUUUACCCAACCAAUGCAUUGGUUAAACAGAAGAAACCACCACCUGAAAUUGUAGUUCCAACACCACGUGUCAAUGUCAAUAGAAGUUUCACUCCAGCAAGGUUCACAACUACUUCUGCAGCCUCAGAACUAGGUGACACAGGAGAUGUGGCAGAAUAUGAUCCAAAUCUCCUCAGCGAUCCUCAGUGGCCCUGUGGGAAACACAAGAGGGUCCUCAUCUUCGCAUCCUACAUGACCACCAUAAUAGAACAUGUGAAGCCAUCUGAUCUCAAAAAAGACAUGAACGAAAUGUUUAGGGAAAAGUUUCCUCACAUAAAACUUGCACUGAGCAAGAUAAGAAGCUUGAAGCGUGAGAUGCUGAGAGUGGCAGAGGAGUGCAGCCUACAGCCGGUGACAGUGGCCAUGGCGUAUGUCUACUUUGAGAAGCUGGUGCUACAGGGCCAGCUUAACAAGCAGAACCGCAAGCUGUGCAGUGGGGCCUGUGUGCUGCUGGCAGCCAAAAUCAGCAGUGACCUCAAGAAGCUGGAAGUCCAGCAACUUCUUGAUAAACUAGAAGAGCGAUUCCGUAUAAACCGAAGAGAAUUGAUCCUGUUUGAGUUUACCGUCCUUGUUGCUUUGGAGAUGGCCCUCUAUCUUCCUGAGAGCAAAGUAAUGCCUCACUACAGGCGUCUCAUCCAGAAACCUUAGUCCCAGUCAUGCUUCUGGUACAGGACACUACUGAGAUGCUGCACUGCAAAAAAUAAACUACCAGAGUUUUAAAAAGCUCUCCCAAACUUGCCAAAAUGCAUGAUACCAAUAAUAUGCACCUUUAAACACGACCAUUAUUCUGUCCAUUUUGCUGUACAAAUUUAGCAUUUAGUCUCCAAAUUUAAAGAUAUGAAAUGCAAGAUGCACUUGUUAUGUAGCAAAAACCCAACAUUUCUUGAAGCAUAAAGUUUUAUAAUAAAAUUAUAUAUAAAUAGCUUCAUUUUAACUGAAGUUAUUUAAUUAAUUCCAGUAAAUGGAACAUUUUGUGACUACUAAUAUUUUUUUAAGCAUAAAUUAGAAAAUGUUCCUAAAUGUGUGUUUGCUGAAGUAUUCUAUAUGCAUUUCAAUAAGUGUUUAAUAAAGAGUAAUCAAAAACUUAGCCUGUAGGGUUAGGAGUUUCAUCUAAUAUGGGGUUUUAAUUAAUUUUACCAAAAAAUUUUUGUACUCUAAUUUCAGGUUUGGUUAGAUGUUUAUUUGUUUCGGAUUUAGUGCUGUUAUUUAUGUUCCUAUUUUUAAUAUUUUAUAAUUUUAUAUAAAAAAAAAAAAAACAUAUGCAAGUUCUUUUGACACUCUUUCUUUCAGUAAACUGUUAGCACAAACAAAUCGCUGCAAUGAAAGACAUUAACUGCAAAGAUUAUAUUUGAAAAAGCUUGUUCUUCCAAGUCUGGUUCUAUGGACAUGGCAUUUUGUUGCACAUCUAGUCCAGCACUCUAUGUUAGAGGUGUUACAUUUAAGCACAUUUUGUAGUGCUACAAUGUUGAAAACUUCAAUAAUCUUCUGCUUGUCAGUCUGUUUUAUUGUUAAGCUGUGUGUUUUGCUUUAUAUGGCAACUAGAUAUUAGUGAUUUUUAAAGCCACUCCCCCACCCCCCACCCUUUUUUACUUGAAUCCAAUUGAUAUUGUUAUGAUUUUUUUCUUUUUAAAGCACAAUGUACAUAAUAGAAAGUAAUACAAAUACUACUAUACUGUGUCAGAAUAUAAAAUGUGUCCAGUUAGUGCUAGUAAAUGUCAAUAUCCACUAGAAAAGCAAUUACAGUAACUUAAUCUAACUUGUUAUUUUAAAUGUUUUAUCUUUAUUGUGAUUUGUAUGGUUUUUGUAGUCAUUUGUUUGUGGUUUGCAUAAUUUGGUGGUACUUUUGCAAUGGUUAUAUGUACUGAAAUUGAGAGAAAAAUAUAUAAUACAUAUAUAGCUUUUGUCUGUUUUCACACCUGGGUGGGGAAUAAAAUAAAACUGUG